ACACGAAACACCAUUGACCUUUUCAAAUAUGGCUUAUAUCCCAGUAAUACCCACUCACAAUUACCAACAAGAUGGUCCAAGAAUCCCUUUUAUUUACCCAAAAAACACAAACAAAAAACCUCACCAACAUAGAAACCCUCUCUCAAAAUACAAGUAAUUAAUUUUAUUUUAUUUAUUUUUUAAUAAGAAAGAAAAGAGUGACAAAAUCAGUGACAUGAGCCUACUACUUGUUUACUCUAAUUCCAUAAAUUUAUCCCAAAAAUCCUCAAUUUCUUCAAAAUUCUUGGGUAUUAUAUAUACUCAUAAUAACCAUAGCCGACCUUCACUCUCACCUUCAUUUCAACAACCAUCCAUUUUCUCUCUCCUCAAUUCUCACCAUUCAAUCUCAAAUUUCAAUUACCCUAACCCUAAUUUCAAAAUACCCAUUUCAUUUUUAUCAUCGCCCACAAAAAAAAUGGCUACUUGUGUUCAUACAUCUAGAGCAGAGCCUUCAAACAAUUGCGAUUCCGAUCGAUCUCAAACUGAUCAAUAUCGUUAUAGAUACUUAAAUUACUGUCGACCCACUUUUUCUGAUCUUGUUUCCUGCGCACCCAUUUCGCAGAUUAGUCGGGAGUCGAUUAAUUCGAAAGAAUUCGUCGAAGAAUCUGAAGAAGAAGAAGAUGAUGAUAAUUUAUGGUCAAAAAUGGUGGAAGAAGCAAAAUCUGAUGUUGAGCAAGAACCCAUUUUAUCAAAUUUCUAUUACAAUUCGAUUUUAUCUCAUAAAUGCUUUGAAAAAGCUUUGGCUAAUCAUUUAGCAGCGAAGUUGAGCUUUUCAAGCUUAAAUUCAAACACCCUUUUUGACUUAUUUCUCGGUGUUCUUGUGGAAAGUAAGGAAAUCAUGGAGUAUGUUAAAGCCGAUUUACGAGCUGUUCGUGAAAGAGACCCUGCUUGUAUAAGCUAUGUUCAAUGUUUCUUGAAUUUCAAGGGGUUUUUAGCAUGUCAAGCACACCGAAUUGCCCAUAAAUUAUGGACACAAGGUAGAAAGAUCCUAGCAUUGCUAAUACAAAACCGAGUUUCGGAGGUAUUCGCAGUUGAUAUACAUCCAGGAGCGGAAAUUGGUCAAGGAAUUCUCUUCGAUCAUGCUACUGGGGUGGUCAUUGGUGAAACCGCUGUGAUCGGAAACAAUGUUUCGAUUUUGCACGGUGUUACUUUAGGUGGCACGGGCAAGACGUGCGGAGACCGGCACCCGAAAAUCGGAGACGGGGUGUUGAUUGGGGCAGGGACUUGUGUUUUAGGGAAUGUUAAGAUUGGUGAUGGUGCUAAAAUUGGGGCUGGUUCUGUAGUUUUAAAGGAAGUUCCACCAAGAACUACUGCUGUUGGUAAUCCUGCAAGAUUAAUUGGUGGUAAAGAAAAUCCAUUUAGACUUGAUAAGAUUCCUAGUUUAACUAUGGAUCAUACUUCUCAUAUAACUCAAUGGUCUGACUAUGUAAUUUAGAGUGCUUAUGUUAUGUUAUGUUAUGUUAUGUCUCCUAUGUUUUGUGGGAAGACGACGAUGAUGACGACGACGACGAUGAAGGGAUCAUCCCGCCCGGAAGAGGCUGAGGAGAUUAGAGAAGCUCAUAUUUGUAUGCUAUUCUAGUACCUUUUGUUCUGCUUUUGGUAAUAAGAAUAAUUAAGAUCAGAUUAUAUGUAUGAUUAUAUUAAUGCUUACUAUAUAUGCUUGUAUAAACUCGUGUUCUUUUGCUUUAUCCCAUGUUUUGGUGCUUUACUUGCUUUGUCUAGUAAUUUGUAACUGUGAUAUGCAAAUUUCGCAUAUUUUA